AUGAAGCUCGUCAACCUGAUUACUACCACCUUCUCCCUCCUUGCUGUUUCCCAGCCGCUUGCAAGCCCCAAUUCGAAGCCAAGCGAUAUCAUGAUCGGCUUAAGCUUGGAUCAGUGUUCUAUCGACACCCCUUUGCCAAAGGCAAUAAACUAUUUGUACUUCAAUCCUAACACCUACAGUCUGGUGGCUCAGCAGGCUACAGCUCGGGAAGUCAUCCGAGCCUACAAUGUUUGGGACAUCGAAGCCAUCUUGGCUUAUCGAACCCCUGAUUGCAAGCAUCAAGUGCUGCCUCUCUCCAUGAACCGAACCGGGAAGAGCAACGACGAAUACCGCGCCUACUUCGAAUCAAUCAGGCCCAAUUAUGUGAACUUCACGGCUACGGUCAUCGAGGAGCUGCAUGACGCUAAGACUCACAAAUGCAUCAUCCACGCCCGCAGUAAGGCUCAGACGGCAAUCGGGCUGUAUGCAAACGAGUAUGCGUUGAUUCUGUCCUUUACGGAAGAUGGCAAGAAGGUUUCUCACUUUGACGAGUUUGUCGACUCUGCGUACUCUGUGAAGUUUCAAGCGGACCUUGCGAAGGCUCUGGCAGGGAAUUCCACUGGCCCUGCUGAGUAG